AUGAACUCUGAACAGCUGCUGCAUAACUAUGUUUCGGAUUCGCUACUCACUACUCUGAUAAGUUUUCAAGAGUUCAAGCAGCAACUACAGUCGUACACGAGCGACGAGCAACAACUGCAACAUUGGUACGAAUUGCUUCAGGCCAGGGAUGCGCGAGUGACCUCUGAGUUAGAAGCACGAAUCAAGCAGUUUUUCAUAACGUUGCGCUCUAGAUUACUGCGAUUUCUGGAAAGCGAGCAACUAUCACACUCCCUUAGCCUCGAGACACUGAUCGACGCGCUGUACAAGAUUAAUGACCUGUUGCAACAGCGUUUGCAGAUUCUGGAUGAUGCUAUUCAGGAAAAGACCUCGGAACUAGCAGAAUUUGAAAAUAUGGUUCGCUCACCGAGUGCAGGAGACAAUGCCAUUCCUGGCCUAUUACAAAUUAUACAAUCUUAUAUUAAUCUAUUAGAGGAAAACUAG